AUGCAGCAGUGCAAAAUUUGCGGAAGACGAAAAAAACCAUCACCGUCGACAUUUGGGCCGUUUGAAUUCAAUCUGGAUACGUUUGAAGAUGAUCGAGAGCUAUCACACUUUUUGUACCGACUGACUCAGGAUAUAAUAAUUUCGAAAGACUUUUCUGAUGAUAAUAUAAACCGUAUUUGUGAUAGUCAUUUACGUAAAACGACUUAUCCGAACAGGCACCAGUUACUGGAGAUUGUGCAAGACCUCAAAACCAAACUGCGCGUGAACCGCAACGAGCCAUCGUUUAACGCAAUGAAAACUGAAAAAGAAAAUCGACCACAGGCCAUUGUGAAAUCACCAGAAGAAAAAUUCUAUAAAAUGCAAGACAAAAAUCUUAGUGUGCAGUCACUGAUAGACGUACCGAGACUACUUUUGAAUGAGAAACCCAGCUCAAUUAGCACAAUCACCACAUACGACUUCCCGUCAUCCGAGGUCUCGAUAUCUCCGCAAUUGCUUACAGCUAAGCAUUUAAGUGAAAAUGAUAGUUCUCUCACAUCAAGAACAGCGUUGCAAAAGAUUUUUCUCUCAACAAGCAAUACGCAAUUAACUGAAAACCGCCGACAAAAGGAUUCAAUCGAUAGUUCGGUCGAUGCCUUAUCUAGGAUGGUCGCAGCGAGUAGGAAACCUCAAAAUGAAUAUAAAUCAUGUCCUUUGGGAAAAGGCAAUCAUGAGAAAAAAAGAUAG